GACUAAAUUCAGCCCUGCACGCGACGUCGUGAAGAAAUCUGCCAGCCCCCAAAAGUCUGACACGAAUGUGGGGGGUACAGCCAACAUCUACAACGAUGCAUCACAAUUUUCCUCGUUCUACAUAAGCUGAAAGGACGAGACAGGACAAACUUCAAACAAGCAAUGUAUUUAUGUAUGCAGCAUUGGGCCAAGCUAUACGAAGGUCGGCACGCAAAAGGGGCACUAGGGGUUUAGCGGAUCAUCUCUAGUAUCCGUGCUUCGGAACAUAGCGCGUCGAGGAUGUUUCAGCAACGGAAACAAUCGUCCCUUGUUACGUGAUCGACAUGGAGCUGGAAAGCAUGUUUUGGGUGUUGUUGUGCAAGGCUCGAGAGAGGUUUGGUCGUUCUCGUCAGAUGAAAUGUAGGUAUAUGGGAGGAAAAUGACUAGUUUGUCUUAGUGUGGAUGGAUCUGUUGGUGUUGGAGAAACUAGUGUAGUACUACUGGAUUCGUAUUUCUUUUUUUCUUUUGGGUUUCUUUUUCUCGUUUCCCAGGAGCUGGAUGGGCAGGCUGCAAUUUUUGUUUAAUAUCAAGUCUCCCAUCUCUCUUUUUUCUACACUCCAGAAUUCUAUAGUCGAUCGUUUCGUCAUAGGCAAGCAUGGCAUACUCAUUGUUGCUGCUUGGGUUUUCUGCUGCGAUUUUUAUAUGUUAUGUAUCUUAUGAGCGUCUGUUCAAGAAAGUCAAGAUACCUGAUGGCGCCAAAACAUUGCCGGGUCCAAAAGGAUACCCAAUCAUUGGAUCAGUUCCUGAUCUCGACCCGAAGAAUCCAUGGAUGAAAAUGGUGGAUUGGAGUAAGGAAUAUGGAACCAUGUACCAAGUGAAUCUGAACGGUGAUACUACCGUCUGGAUUACCUCUCAUAAAAUUUGCGAAGACCUGUUUGUCAAGAGAGGAGCCAUCUAUUCGGAUAGACCAUUCCUUGCAGCUAUCGGAGAUGAUUGCAGAUACACAAAUCGAUACAUUCCCCUCGUCACCAAUGGCGAUGACAUGAGGCGCAUCAAAACUUGGAUGAAGGCUACCAUGUCCAGCAUGCCCCCCGAUCGUCUCAAGGGCCUUUCUCAAAAAGGCGCCGCAACAUUCGUCACUCGUCUCAUCGCCCAACCACACCUCUUCAAACAAUUCUGCGAAGAAUGCACCGCUCAAAUCUCAUCGCAAAUGGCCUGGAAUGAUCGCCGUCUCUCCACCGCCAAAGAAACCAUCAUGCGUGCUAACCAACUCCUCCGCCGUAUCUCAGCCGAUGGUGAUAUCCAAAAUAAGCUUCCAUUCCUCCGCAAUAUUCCAGACUGGGUUCCCGAUUUCCUCCAACCAUGGAAAGUAGCAGAACGAGUACGUUAUCAACGGGAGAGAAACUUUUGGUUUGGAGAGAAAGAGGAAGUCAGAAAGUCACUUUUAAAUGAGAAACCGGAUCCAUCCUGGAUGGCGCGACAUCUCAGCAUGCCUACUACACCUAAAUUUGAAGAAGAUAAUACCUAUUCGAUCGGCAUGUUGGCGUUGAUCGGAAGUAUUCUUACGUCGUCACCUAUUCAAAGUUUCUUCCACGCUAUGAUUGUUAGUCCAGAGUGGCAGGCCAAGGGACAAGAAGAGGUCGAUAGAGUGUGUGGGGACCGACCACCUUCUGUUGAUGAUAUCCAGCAAUUGCCUGUAGUGAGAGCGAUCAUUAGAGAAAUUUUCAGGUGGAGAAGUCCUGCUCCUGCCGGCGUUCCUCACGUACUCUCCCAAGACGAUGUAUACGAUGGCUAUUUCCUCGCCAAAGGCACCACCUGUUUCGCACUCGAAUGGGGUCUCUGCCGUGAUCCAGUCCUCUACCCCGAUCCUGAAAACUUCCGUCCCGAGCGCUGGCUAUCCCCCGAAUUUCCCACAUACAGAGAACCGCUUACCCAUUUCCCAUCCAUCAAAGCCAACCACGGAUUUGGUUGGGGAAGACGCGCUUGUAUUGGACAGGAUCAUGUCGAGAUGGUGUUACUUACUGUUAUCGCGACGAUCUUGUGGAGUGUGAGUAUUAGGAAGCAGAAGAAUGAGAAGGGUGAGGAUAUUGAAGUGCCUUGGUAUGAUUACACCGCGUAUGUGAUUGUCAGGCCGGAGUGGUUUCCUUUUGAUUUGGUGGAGCGCAAGGGCGGAGUGGAUAGAUCUGCUUUGUUGAGGGAAAGAGCGGAUAUAGAGAUGGUUAGUGGAGAGGAUGGAGUUCUUAAUGGAAGGGCGGUGGGGUAUGAGAAGAGGGAGAUUUCUUUAAUAUAGAUUUUGGGUGUAUAUGGGAAGGAAAAGAUGUAUCAAUCGUGGUCAUUAUAAUUUUGUUAUCUUUACCUGCUUACCUUUAGGUUGUUCUCUAUGUAGCAAAUUACAUAAAUAAUUUAGAUCAACUCAGCAUUAUAA